GGCAAGCAGGGGGGCGAGCGAACCAUGGCGGCUUCUGGCCCCAUCAGCGGCUACUUCGUGGACUCGCUGAUCGCGGCCGACGGCGACUCCUCCUCGGAGCUGCUCGCCCCGCGCUUCGCCGGCCACGGCGGCGCCUCCGCUCGCCCCGGCGCGCUCCUCCCGGACUGCUCCGAUUUCCCCUCGUGCAGCUUCGCCCCCAAACCCGCCGUGUUCGCCACCUCGUGGGCUCCGGUGGCCCCGCAGGGCUCGCUGGGCUACCCGCACCCGCACGCCGCGGGUCCGUACGCGCCGGGCGCGGCCGAGGCGCCCAGGUACGUGCGGGGCUGGCUGGAGCCGCUGGGCUCCUUCCCGCCCUUCGCCGCUCGCCCCUUCGCCAUCAAGGACGCGCUGGGCCCGCGCAGGGGCGAGUGCGCGGCCGCGGAGGGGCGAGCGUUCGCCGAGCUCGUCUACGCCAACCCCGAGAGAGCGGCCGGAGCCGGCGCGGCCACCGCCGAGGCCGAGCUGGUCGCCAGCGGCAAACACAAAGAGCAGAGGCACGAGGUAGAGCCCAGGCAGCCCGGCUUCGCCUCCAAAGCGGAUUUUUGA